UAACAACCAAUCGGAACGCAAGACGCCCACUUUUGUUUGUGGGCGUUACUCCUGUCUCGACCAAUCAGUGGCCCGCUUUGACCAACGUUGGUGUAAGCGGAGGAGAGGAGCUGCUGCUGCUUCCGAAGUCUAUUUGUCCAUCCAGCACCAUGGGAAAAAAGAGUCGAGUGAAGACUCAGAAGUCGGGUUCGGGGGCCACCACCACGGCCUCCCCCAAAGAGAUGAUGAACCUCAUCUCUGAGCUGCUGCAAAAAUGCAGCAGUCCUGCGCCCUCCUCUGGUAAAGAGUGGGAAGAAUAUAUCCAAAUCCGAAGCUUGGUCGAGAAGAUCAGAAAGAAACAGAAAGGUUUAUCCACAGUUUUUGAGGGCAGCAGGGAGGACAGCUUCGCUGAUCUGAUGUCUUGGGCUCAGGAGAACGGGGCGUCCUGUGACGGGUUUACCAUCACCAACUUUGGGACUGAGGGCUAUGGCCUUCGGACCACCAGAGACAUCAAGGCAGAGGAACUGUUCCUGUGGGUUCCCAGGAAGAUGUUAAUGACGGUGGAAUCGGCCCAGAACUCUGUGCUUGGUCCCAUAUACAGCCAGGACCGGAUCCUGCAGGCUAUGGGCAACGUGACUCUAGCGCUACACCUGUUGUGUGAGCGUGGCGACCCGGCCUCCUUCUGGUCGCCGUACAUCCGCAGUCUUCCUCAAGAGUACGACACGCCGCUGUACUACCAGCAGGAGGACGUCCAGCUGCUGCUCGGCACCCAAGCCGUGCAGGACGUCCUGAACCAGUACAAGAACACGGCACGCCAGUACGCUUACUUCUACAAACUGGUGCAGACUCACCCGGCUGCCAGCAAGCUGCCGCUGAAGGACGGCUUCUCAUUCGAUGACUACAGGUGGGCCGUGUCUUCUGUGAUGACCCGUCAGAAUCAGAUCCCCACGGUGGACGGCAGCCGGGUCACUCUGGCCCUCAUCCCCCUCUGGGACAUGUGCAACCACACCAACGGCCUAAUAACCACCGGCUACAACCUGGAGGACGAUCGCUGCGAGUGUGUGGCGCUGCAGGACUAUAAAAAGAACGAACAGAUCUACAUCUUUUACGGCACACGAUCCAACGCAGAGUUCGUCAUCCACAACGGCUUCUUCUUCCAGGACAACGCCCACGACAGAGUGAAGAUCAAGCUGGGCGUCAGUAAAAGCGAACGCCUCUACGCCAUGAAGGCCGAGGUUCUGGCUCGAGCCGGCAUCCCGGCGUCCUGCGUUUUUGCGCUGCACUGUAACGACCCCCCCAUUUCAGCUCAGCUGCUGGCCUUCCUCAGAGUCUUCUGCAUGACCGAGGAGGAACUGAAGGACUACCUGCUUGGAGAACGAGCCAUCAAUAAGAUCUUCACCUUGGGAAACAGCGACUUCCCGGUCAGCUGGGAGAACGAGAUCAAGCUGUGGACGUUCCUGGAGACCAGAGCUGCUCUGCUCCUCAAAACCUACAAGACCACGUCAGAGGAAGACCGCUCCAUCUUGGAGAAACCGGAUCUGUCUCUUCACACGCGCUUGGCUGUCCAGCUGCGCCUGGCGGAGAAGCAGAUCCUGGAGAACGCGUCAGCCAGCGGACGAGCAAAGCGCCUGCAGUUCCAAGAGAAGCUGAAUGAAGGCGCUCCGUUGCCGCAGUUUGAAGAAAGUGACAUUGCUUUGCUGGAAAACAAUGACCCGGAUGCAAAACUUCCCGUUAUUCUGCACAAGCUGGAGGAGGUGGAGGAAGGCCAGGGGAUCGAGGAAGAGGAGCCCCUCUUAAACGGAGGGAAGGGGGACUAUGGGAUGGGUACAGGGGCGAAUGGAAAAACCGUGCUGGAGAAGACUCCGAAGGUCUUAGGAGAUGUCGGUUCAGGUUUGAUCGCGAAUGGAAGUUCAGAGCAGAAAGGUGUGCAGGAAGCGGAGAACUGCAGUGCCAGUCGAACUGAGGACCGCCCCAUAGACGCCAGUGCUUAGACACACCCCACUUCCUGCUGAAGCUCAUGCUAAUAAUUUAUUUUUCUGUCUGUUACAAGACUCAGAAAUCUAGAAGCAGCAUGGUUUUCUUUAGUCGCCUGCAGCUGAACUGUUUUGCUUGGUGAUGUUUGGUUUGAUGCCCUCAGCCGGGAACAGACGGCCGCCGGCGAACAGAACCGCUUCCAGGAAACAGUUCAGCGCAGAAAGAAGUGAAGUGACUUGGUGAAUGUGAUUUUUUUUAUGAAGCCAAAAUCUCUUUGGCCAUAAAAUGUUGUCUCGUUCGACUCCAUUUGCGUUGCAGGUGGUUAUGGUUGACAAUCAUUCUCCCGCCCCCUCCCUCGUGUACCGAUUGAAACUAAUCUUAAAGGCAGGAACGGAUCGAUUUUGAAAACUCUGUUUUUUGUGAAUGUAUCUUUUGGGUGGAGACAUCAUCCGCGGAUCAGACUGAAGCCAUAUCCAGCUCUUGCUGGACUGGAGAACGACCUGUGUAAGUUUUUCAGACAGAAUCUGUUUUGUUUUUUUGUCGGACUGUCUAAAAAUAAAUCUUUGCAGAAGAAACUUCCUGCAGAAGCAGACCUGAUGAAGACUGAGAAUGUGCAUCAGAAUAGUCAAUAAUCAAGCUUCUCAAACUGGUAAAGUCCUGCUUUCCAGGUUCAGAACUUGAAGAUUUCACCAUAGUGACAGACUUCAAACAGAUAUAUUUAAUAAACAACUUCAAGAAAAUUAGAAAAAUGAGUUUGUAGAUUUAAACUAUUCUUUUGCAGAGAUUCUCUGACUUGAGCAUUUUAUCCAAAGAAGUGAGUCUUCAUGGACAAAGACGAUAUCUUGAUCGUUUUUGGUAAAAGCCACUAAGUGUAACAUCAAUUUGAGGAAGUUUAGAUCGUCAAGAACGUCUUAUUCCUUAGUGAUUUGGUUGCAAUCGAGCUACAGAGCGGUUCAGAUUUUAGUCCUGGAAAACCACAGACCUUAAACCUUAGAUCAAACCUUCAAAAAAUGCAAAGUUUUUCAUCUUGUCGUCGUGUGUUUUCAGAUUUUAUUUUUUGUCAGAUCAGCGUAUUACAUCAUUUUUCUCUCAAAUGCAGAAACUAACUUCCAGCUCAUUCAUCCAAACACAUUUUCCUUGGAGAACCUUGGUUUUGUACUAAAGAAGUUUGCACUCGUAAAAUGGGAAGUCGUCAGCAGUAGAGGUGUUUGGAUGCUCGGCCUUUGCGUCUAUUCUUGGAGUUGCACUACAGGACGCACCCCUUCUGUAACGAAUGCCAAAACGUUUCGUUUCAGUAAAUGUGACGUUUGUUGAUUCUAGUUUAAUUCAGCUGCGUCUAGAGUAAGGUGUAACAGCAUCAUGCUCCUCUUAAGGUGGUCCACAUCAGUUUCUAGGAUGGAUCUGUCAGACCAAUCAGAGAGAAGAAUCCUCUCUGCUGGGUCCUUCCACAACUCUUCUACAUUAUGUUCUUAUGCACAUCUGUGGCUUACAAUCUGUCAGGCGACGUCCUGCUUGCUGAUUUUCCAGAGGUUUUUGUGUGUGGAAUGUCUCUUUAGGAGUGUAUUAUAGACCUGAUCAGUUAUUUUCCAUAUUAGUGGAUUGUUUUCCAGCUGAACACGACUUUCUGUCUCCCAGUUCCCCUGACAGAUUAAAGCUUCAUCCACUGCUC